GUCGGGAUAUUUCUCCAGGCCAGUUGUUUAUUUUUCUUUGCAACGGUAAAUUUUUAUUAUGACAGUCCUGUUCAAACCGACCCAAAUAAUUUUUCGAUUAUCAUUGCGGUGUGUUUACAACCAGAAGCAACAUUAUUCAAUUCCGCCAAAAACGUCGUUCAUUCACAAGAAACUGUUUUCUAGUAGUGUCCAGAAUCGUAUCAAUUGUUCUUCAACCGAAAUGACCAAUUUGUUCCAAUAUCCGAAGGCUAGGCGAGACGAAAGUAUCGUGGAAGACCAUCACGGCACCAAGGUGUAUGAUCCAUACCGUUGGUUGGAAGAUCCCGAUUCGGUGGAAACGCAGGAGUUCGUUGAGGCGCAGAACAAAAUCACGCAACCGUAUCUGGAAGGCUGCGAUCAAUGGACUACCAUCAACGAAAAACUAACAAAGCUGUGGAACUAUCCGAAAUUCACAAUACCAGCGAGACAUGGAGACUAUUACUAUUACUACAUGAAUACGGGACUUCAAAAUCAAAACGUUCUCUUCAAGCAGGAAACAUUAACCAGUGAGCCAGUGGUGUUUUUAGAUCCGAAUACUUUGUCGACUGAUGGCACGAUAGCACUUGCUGGUACAGCAUUUUCCCAUGAAGGUCAAUAUUUCGCUUACUCUCUGAGUGAAAGUGGUUCGGAUUGGAUCAAGAUUAAGAUUCGUGAUGUUGCGACUGGACGGGAUUUCGAUGAAUGUUUAGAAAAGGUGAAAUUCUCCGGAGUGGCAUGGACGAAGGAUGAUAAAGGAUUUUUCUACGGGCGUUAUGAACAAGAUGGAAAAACUGAUGGUUCCGAGACGUCGGCAAACGAAAAUCAAAAAUUGUAUUACCAUCGCAUAGGCGAACCGCAAGAAAAUGACGUACUGGUGGUGGAAUUUUUAGAGCAUCCUCAAUGGAGAAUGCAAUCUGAAGUGAGCGACUGCGGAAAGUAUCUGUUCCUUUCAAUCAGCAACAGUUGUCGAACGAAUCUGUUCUUCUACGUAGAUCUGGAGAAAACUGGCGACAUUCGUGGAAAACUCGAUAUCGUUCGGAUAGUUGAAGAGUUCGAAGCUGAUUAUGAGUACAUUACCAAUACCGGACCGAAAAUUGUUGUCCGUACCGACAAAGGUGCCCCAAAUUAUCGCCUAAUUUGCAUUGACCUGGACCGGCCAGAGGAAGACAAUUGGGAGACUUUGAUUGCGGAGCACAAAAAAGAUGUUUUAGAUUGGGCCGCUUGCGUCAACGACGACAAGCUCAUCCUAUGUUACAUUCAGGAUGUUAAGAGUGUGUUGCAUGUACAUUCGUUGGCAGAUGGACAGUUAGUUCGGACGUUCCCGUUGGAUAUUGGCACUAUUGUUGGAUUUAGUGGAAAGAAAAAAUAUUCGGAAAUUUUCUACAGCUUCAUGUCGUUUUUGACACCAGGUAAAAUUUACCAUUACGACUUCGCUGCUCCCAACGUUGCACCGACUCUGUUCCGCGAGAUCAAUCUGUCGUUGGAUGGCUUCAACAGCGAAUCGUUUGCGGUGAACCAAGUAUUUUAUAGCAGCAAAGAUGGCACAAAAAUUCCAAUGUUUAUUGUACAAAAGAAGGAAAGUGCCGGAACACCACGUCCAUGCUUGUUAUACGGUUACGGCGGUUUCAAUAUCAGCAUACUGCCAACGUUUAGUCUGACGGGUUUGAUGUUCAUCGACACAUUUGAUGGCAUACUGGCCUAUCCGAACAUCCGUGGCGGAGGCGAGUACGGACAGUUUUGGCAUAACAGCGGUCGACUAUUCAAUAAACAGAAUUGCUUUGAUGACUUCCAAUAUGCCGCCAAGUAUUUGGUUGAGCAGAAUUACACGCAGAAGGAGAAAAUUGUCAUUCAGGGUGGCUCGAAUGGAGGACUCUUGGUCGGAGCUUGCAUAAAUCAGAGACCGGAUCUGUUUGGAGCGGCAGUGUCGCAAGUGGGGGUCAUGGAUAUGCUGCGAUUCCAUAAAUUUACCAUUGGCCAUGCAUGGAUAUCUGAUUACGGUAAUCCGGAUGAGAAGGCCCACUUUGACAAUUUGAUGAAAUUUUCGCCACUACACAACGUUCGAGCACCUACUAGUGUGGAAAAUCAGUAUCCUUCAACGCUGAUAUUGACAGCCGACCAUGAUGAUCGUGUCAGUCCGUUGCAUUCGCUGAAAUUCAUCGCUGCUCUGCACAACGAAAUCGCCACAUGUGCAAAUCAACGGAAUGCGCUACUGAUGCGUGUGUACAGUAAGGCAGGUCACGGCGCUGGUAAGCCGACAAAGAAAAAGAUCGAGGAAGCGACUGAUAUCCUGACGUUCAUGUACAAAGCGUUGAAUUUGACAAUAGUGAAGAACUGAAUUGCGUAUACGGGCAGCUGACUGUUAAGUAUCACCUCCAUAGAACCAGAAAAACGAUUUUUUUUAUUGUGUGCACUGUACAUUCUUCAUUUGGGUUUUGAUUUGUGUUUAGUAAAAUAAUAAAGUCGAUUUUCCAUUUUCA